AUGCAUACUGAAAUUAGUAAGAAAGGUGAGAAAGUGAUCAUUUACACGGAUAGAAGCGGAAUAGAUGGGAAAGUGGGUGCUGCAGCAGUGGUUAAAGCCACACGUGAGCACCGCCACUGCCAGAUGGGCACGGAGCAGGACUCAACAGUCUACUCCGCGGAGCUCAGGGCGGUGGAAAUGGCGCUCGAAAUGGUGCAAGACGGCCCGGAACGAGCCAGGAAGGGUGUUGUGGUAUUCUCUAACAGCCAGGCUGCUCUCCAAGCGCUCGUCCGACCGCGCAUGCCAUCAGGUCAAGUGUAUCUCCGUGGCUGCGUCCAGAGCCUCCAGCAUCUCCACAAGCAAGGUAUCCGCGUCGAAUUCCGGUGGAUUCCAGCCCACCAGGGAAUUCCAGGCAACGAGCUCGUAGACGAACACGCAAAACAGGCAGCCAAGGCGGAGAUAGCCGGCCCACACGAUCGAAAUAUCAAGCUCGCUGCAGCAGCGAAGCGGGGCAUCCGUGAACGGGCGAAAUUCGCGUGGGAGGCAGCUUAG